CGCUCCUAAUGAACUGCGUGGACUUUCCUUGUGAGCAGCGCGCGCGGGCGACCGCACGAGCGUGAAAAGGGAAUCCCUGCGGCUGAUUGGACAAGCCACGUGACGUCACAGCUUCCGAGUAUAAAACCGUCUUGGUUGCUGCAGGAGCCGCAGAUUUGAGAGCUCGCGAGGAGGAAACCAGAGAGGAGAACCGUGAUGUCGCUGCAGGAAAACUCCGAGGAGAGAACGUCUGUGAAGACCCGACAGCGGCUGUAUCCGUCCCUGCCAAACGCCGACCGGUAUGAAAUCUGUUUGCCUGUCGGCUCGAGUCGAGAAGGGCGUCGUUUCAGCGGCCCAAAGUGCGAGGAAUCCCCAAACAGCAGCCAGGUCGGCUUGAAGGCGCAGAUCGUUCUCUUGGAGGAGCAGAGAAAAGAGCUUCUCUCCAUCAACAAGAAGUGGGCAAAGGAGUACAGAACCAUGGUGCAAUACUACAAGGAGAAAGUCAGAUAUUUAAAGGCAGUGUCGCUCCAUGACAGCUCUGAAGAGGAGGCGGGCGACGAAGGAGAGAAACGCGUCACUUUCCACGUGAAAAAGGCAGACAGACGGACGGGAGAAGGAAAGGCUGAUGUUGUCACCGCGGAGGAGGAGGAGGAGGCCGAAGAGCUGCGGCUGCUGAACAGCACUCUGACCCGCAGGGGGCAGCACCAGCACGAGGAGAUCAGGCGACUCAACAAGGCUUUAGAGGAGGCUCUCUGCGGUUCUCGGCCUGGAGGGGGGAACGGCGAAAAACUACCAGACAUCUGGAAACAUCAGGCUGAAGUCUACAAAGAAGACUUUCUAAAGGAGCGCAGUGACAGGGAGAGGCUGAAGGAGAAGUACCUGGAGCUGGAGAAGCGGUCCAGGAAAGCUCAGGAGGAGCUGCGCCUCCUCAAAUCUCAGGUGAUUCGGAUGAAGCCGACCCACACAUGUUCCUGCGUAAAUCCAGCUAAAAGUCCGGCCUGGGACAUCUGCUCAGUCAACCGGCAGCAAAGACGCUACACGGCAGACAGCAAAUGCUGAAAUCCAAAAUAAAUGAGUGUAGUUUACCGGAGUACAAGUAGACUGUUAGUAGUUUGCACUGGACUGUCUGCUCCUGCUUUGAGAAAAGGAUCAUUUAUACCUGAACACUAGGAAGGGAUGUCAGGGCAGCGGCGAGUCUCUUCUCAAGUUUUUCUUUCUGAGACAAAAAAAAA